AUGGGUGGGCCGACGGGACAAGGCAGCUGCGGGACUAAUGCUCAAGGAGAGAAGGGCGAUGGCGGCGUGGGGUGGCGUGGGGCAGCGGCGGCGUUUGUCCCAAUCAAGCUAACAGGACCAGAGAAUUAUGCCUUGUGGAGUCGCUCGAUGAAAUUGGCUCUUAGAGGAAAAGGAAAACUUGGAUUCAUUGAUGAAUCGUGUAGGAAGACAGCUUUCAAAGGAGCACUGGAAGAACAAUGGGAAAAAUGUAAUGCAAUCGUGUUAUCACGGAUUGCGAGUACUGUUACAAGUGAAUUACUGCUAAGGAUCAUAUAUGCUUCAAACGCGAAAAAAGUUUGGGAAGACUUUGAGGAAAGGGAUUUGUGGUCUGAAUUGGAUGUGAUGAUCCCAUCACCAGGUUGCAAUUGUGAGGAUUCAACAGCCUAUGUGGGACAUUUAAGAUCACAAAGACUUCUACAAUUUUUAAUGGGAUUGAAUGAGAGUUUUAGCAGUAUUAGAAGUAACAUUUUGGCUAAGAAGCCAGUAAUAACUGUGAAUGAGGCAUAUGCAGUAGCAGCACAAGAAGAAAGUCAAAGAGCAUUGGGAGUUUCAGAGAGAACAAGAGAUCCUUUAACUCUCUUAGCAAAAAGCUCAGGAAUACACUCCGAGGCCAAAGAAGUUCGAUAUUCACCAGGAUUUCAAAGUAAAAGAAAAGGAACUGAUGGUUACAAGAAUGACUACAAAGCAGCUGAAGGUUUUAGGCCUGACUUCAAACCAAAUGCACACUUCACAAGGAAUGUUGAUGACUUCAAUGGUAGAGGAAAGCAAGCUGAAGGUGCACAUUUCACAAGGAAUGCUGAUGAUUUCUAUGAUAGAGGAAAGCAAGCUGAAGGUCACAUGACACCACCUCAAUACCAAGAUCUGGUAAACAAGAUGGAUAGAGCAGGAACAUCAGAUUGUGUUGCUAAUAUGUCAGGUAUGGCUUCUUUAAACUCAAAACCAAGUAGAGUUUAUGAAUGGAUAAUUGAUAGUGGAGCUACACACCACAUCACACCUAAUGAAGAGUUGAUGACUGCUAUUAGAAGAAUACAAGGAAAUAACAGUGAUGGAGGACUCUAUGAUGGCAAGGUGUUGAGGAUUGAUAAAGAGAGGGAAGGAUUGUACAUUUUGAAAAAACAAAUAAAGUCACCAGUGCAGGCUAUGGCUACUGCAAAUUUGAGUGGAGAUGCAACAUUAUGGCAUUUGAGAUUAGGACAUGCGUCAACUGGUAUUUUACAGCAUAUUCAAUCACUGAAGCAUUUAUCAAACAAGAAUAUACAACAUGAAUGUGAGAUUUGUCCUCUAGCAAAACAAUAUAGAUUACAGUUUCCUUUUGGUUUGUCUGUGAAAACCUUGCGAUCUGAUAAUGGUACUAAGUUUUUCAACUCUUUUGUAAAUGAUUUGCUUGCUUCUCAAGGCAUUAUACAUCAGAGUAGUUGUGCAUACAUCCCUCAACAAAAUGGCAAAGUAGAGAGGAAACACAGACACAUCUUGGAGAUGGCAAGGGCUUUGAGAUUUCAAAGUUGUCUCCCAAUUCAUUUAUGGGGUGAGUGUGUUAGGACAGCUGUGUAUUUGAUUAAUAAGAUACCUACUGAAGUGCUUGGAGGUAGAUCACCUUAUGAGAUGUUAUUGAAAAAGGUUCCUCGACUUGAUCAUUUAAGAAUUUUUGGGUGCUUAUGUUAUGCAGCUCAAUUGCCAAGAGGGGAUAAGUUUGCUCCUAGAGCCAGAAAGACAAUCUUUCUUGGUUAUUCUGAAACUCAAAAGGGUUAUGGGUUAUUUGAUUUAGUUGAUAAUGUUUUCUUUGUGAGUAGAGAUGUAACUUUCAGAGAAUCCACAUUCCCUUACCAAACUGAACCUGCUGAACCUACUUCUACUGAUCUUAACAUGUUUGAACUACAAAAUUCAGAUUAUCUUUCCCCCCGACUCAUUAAUUCUUCUGAUCAUCCUACUGAAUACAACACUACUCCUAUUCCUGAUCUUAUUCUUGAGACCAGUCCUGCUUCUAUUCCUGAAGAUAUUCCCACAACUGAUGUCUUACCUUCAUUACAACCUACAGAAAAAUUUCUCCCAAUUACAGAUCAGUCUAAGUCCAGACCUUCUAGAACUAUUAAACCUCCUAGAUGGUUAAAUAAUUUCAUCACUACUUCUAAAGCUAAGCCACCAUCUGCCAGUUGUUCCUAUCCUAUUUCUGAUUCCUUCCAAUACUCACAUUUGUCCCCUCUUUACCAAGCAUACUUGGGUUCCUUCUCCCCUCAAGUUGAACCAAAAACCUUUAGAGAAGCAUCUCAAGAUUCUAAAUGGAUUGCAGCUAUGACUGAUGAACUUUGUGCCUUGGACAGUAAUCACACUUGGGAGGUGGUUGACUUACCACCAGGCAAACAAGCUAUUGGCUCUAAAUGGGUGUUUAAAAUAAAGCAUAAGGCUAAUGGGACUGUUGAUAAAUACAAGGCAAGAUUGGUUGCUAAAGGAUAUACACAAAAGGAGGGGUUAGAUUAUCAUGAAACAUUCUCCCUUGUUGCUAAGAUGAUAACAGUGAGAACUAUAAUCAGUGUUGCAGCAUCUAAGGACUGGCUUUUGAUUCAAAUGGAUGUUAAUAAUGCAUUCCUUCAAGGUGAUUUACAUGAAGAGGUUUACAUGUCGUUACCUCAAGGUUUCCACAGACAGGGGGAGACUAGAGUGUGUAAGCUGUUGAAAUCUUUGUAUGGGCUGAAACAGACUUCUAGACAAUGGAAUAUCAAAUUAUCUACUGCCUUGUUGGAAACAGGAUACAUUCAGAGUUCACAUGACUAUUCCUUAUUCACUAAACAGUAUGGUAAUGACAUAGUUGUAAUUCUAGUUUAUGUUGAUGAUUUAAUGAUCAUAGGAAACAACCAACAACUGAUAGAUGAUGCUCAGAGACACUGCAUAGCAAGUUCAAAGUGA